UCUUGAUCAUGCUUCAAUCACGCCUUUAAAUUGACUAUAUAAUAUAUCCUCACUCUAUAGACUCUUUUAACCUCACUCUUACAACUACACCAGCUAAAAAGAAUGUACAACUCUCCGACAACAGCAACAGAAGCAGCUUUAUCAAACGCUUCUAGGAAUCAAAAGAAGAAGAACAAGAGAAGAUUUAGUGAUCGGCAAAUCGAGCAACUGGAAUCCAUGUUUGAAUCAGAGUCGAGGCCCCAGCUGCGGACGAAACAAGAGCUGGCUAACAAAACCGGCCUACAUCCACGCCAGGUUGCAAUAUGGUUCCAGAAUAAACGUUCUAGAUCGAAGCCCAAGCAAGUUGAGCAAAGAUACCAAAGACUAAAGAUCAGUUAUGACACACUAGCUUCAAAGUUCAACUACUUAAAGAAGGAGAACCAGUGCUUGCUAACCCAGUUGCAGAGAUUAAGAAAUCUGAUGGGAAAUCCUCAAGGAAGAAUUGACUGCCGGGAGAAUGCAGAAACCAAACAUGAACCAGAAGAGAAGGCCAACCAUGAAACAGGUGUGACGUUGUGCGGUAGUGAAAAUGUUGAGUAUUUUGGAGAAGAAUUUGAUGUUCUGAAAUUGGAAGAACAACCUAAUGAUUCCUUGAUACAAUCUGGAAACUGGAGCAGUUUUGAGUCCAGUUGUCUUCCCGACUACUCUAGUUUUGAGUCCAGUUGUCUUCCUGACUACUCUGGUUGUUCACACUGGUGGGACUGUUGACGGUUGAUCAGCAACACCGUGCCCAAGGAUUGAUUCUGUGAAGGUAAUCAUACUAAUUUGUUGUUGGAGAAGGAUGUCUCUCCAAUUAGCUUUCAAAGGAUUAAGCUUCCACAGAAGAAUGAACAAACAUUCAUGUAAAAGGUCGGAAGAAGUCUUGGAAGGAGCAGCAUAGCAUGUCUGCCACCUUUAUGUGUGCAUUUGAGAGGAAGAGAGAGAGUGUGUUAUGAGUUCUAGUUUUGAAACAAUUUAUAUAUAUUUAUUUAUAUUUUCACCUAAA